UGUGCUUCAAAAUUGACAAGAGUGGGAAGGAACAGGAUAAAAAAAAACAGGUUAUAAUCGAAAGAAGCAACAACAAAAUCAAUUGUUUAUUUCUAUUAAUCUUUGCUAAAGAACCGGAAAUCUCUGAUAAAUAAAUGGGUGACGAAAAGCAGCCUGAUGAUGCUCAAUCAGAUCUAUCAAAUGCAACAGAAAGCUUAAAAAUUGAAGGUGAUCAGAAAGAGAAUGGAGAUGCAUCAAAAUCUGACAAAGUAAAAAUUGACAUCCUGUUGAAAGCUACAGGCAAUGCUCCAAUUAUGAAAAAGAAAAAGUGGGCUGUGGAUGCAGAGAAACCCAUUGGAUGGAUCAUGGAGUUUGUCAAGAAAUAUCUUAAAUUAGAAGCAGAUGAGAAACUGUUUCUAUACGUGAACCAGACGUUUGCACCGUCACCAGACCAGUUAGUGAAAAACCUUUACGAGUGUUUUGGAACUGAUGGUAAACUAGUGUUGCAUUACUGCAAAAGUCAAGCUUGGGGCUGAAAUGCCAACUGUGUUCCAAAGUAAGCUAUAUGAACUUUAAAGACAAUUUUAACAAGUAAGGGCUUGAAUUUACUGAAUAAGAAUUUAUCUAUAACAUAAGGUUCAUUGUGGGAAAUCAUUCACAUUGAUAUUUUAAAUGCAUUCUGUUUUAUCUGCAGUCUGGUACGUUUGAUGGAAAUACAUAUGAAAUACAUCAUUUAAUGUAGAAGGGGCAAAAUAUGUAUGUACUUUCUUGUAAGAAAAAAUGACAAAGUCAGAACGCAGGUAUUAAAUUCUUUAUUAUAAUUUGUUGCUUUAUCCCAAAAUGUUUUCCUUUAGUUUAUAUCUAGUCAUUGUAACUGUUAAGUUUUUUGGAGAUUUAUCAGAAUUUGGGCAAAAAAUAUAUUUUUGAUAGUGAACACUCAGGCUAAUUUAAAACAGCCAUGUUAGGCACUUGUCUCACCGGCAACGAUUAACGAGUAGAGCUAGAACUAGAAACGAGUUAGCGAGACGCGGGGAGCGAGUGCGUAGUUCCGAUAUUUGUGUAGCUCGGCUAUAAGCGAGUGUGCGAGUGAGGUGGGCGAGUACUCGCAUCACUCGCUCGCUAGAUACACACAGUAGAGAAAUGACCACUGGUUGCUCUCUAGAGUGUCGCCGAGCGAGUGUUAUCUUUCAUAGCUCUUGUCGCUCAGCGACAAACUAGUGAAGCGAGUGCUCGCCGGCAGUGUGAACAGUCAGCGAUCAACUAUUUGUAUAUGCAUCUCUUUUAUUCACACGGAAAGUAUAUCUAUUGUACGUUUCUUGAGCGAGAAAAUAGCCGAUAGUUAGUCGUUUUCUCGUCUUUGGUGGGACAACUGCCUUAGUAAAAUUUAUUUUCUUUCUUUCAUAUUAUUAUAAAAUAGUUUUGAUUUCAUUUGUUACUGAAGUUGCCAGAUUUUCCACCUGAAAUAAAAGUUAUUACAGUGUGUUGUAUACAUAAAUAGAUUGGAAUAUAAAUAUAUUUUGAAAUCAAAAUUAAUUCUUACAUAAAACUUUGCGUGUAAUCAUAUUUUGGGUCCCAUCAACAUUUAGAAUAAAAAUAUAUGGCAACACUGACACUUUCUGACCACUGCUAUAUCCAAUCAGACUGAGAAUGAGAAGAAAAGAUGGAGAAGUUUAUUCCAUUUACAUAACAUUUUGCAACUAAUAUCAUAACACCUAAACCAUUCCUUUACAAUAAGUCAAUAAAAAAGGCAAGGACUUGGUCAAAAAUGCUUGCUGGGAGAAUGCUUGUGUGUGCAUUUUUAAAUGUGAUAUUAUAUAAAAUAUUAAUUGUAUAAGCGUAUUUAAUAAAGUUAUAAUGACAUUUUAA